UCACUCCAGUCUUAGAUUGUUUAUAUCCUGUUAUAAAGUGAUGUAUCUGAGAAAACAAGCCACUUAGAGAACAAAGUGCAUUCUGGACUGUUUAUUUUUGUUUCCACACUCUGUUAUAUUUUAAACAGGCUGAGGUCAGAUUAAACAAUCAGUAUAAUUGAGAGUAAACUGGCACAGUUAUUUAAAGCUGAUUUCAGAAAAUUUCAGACAAUUCAUUGAAAAGUUUGCAAUUCAACAUGAAGUGUUUAAUUUUUGCCGGGAUUCUUCUUGGAAUCUAUCAUACGUGCAGUGGUAAUCAGUGUGAUCUCACAAUACAGAAAGAUGGUCUGGAACUACAGGAUGGUGAAUAUGUUAUUGGUUUAGGUGGACAAAUUAAUCAGAUAUACUGCAAGGCUCUGUGUUCCGGACCAGGUCCCACCCCAGCCCUUAAAUGGUACAAGACACCUAGCAAGCGUCCAGUCACAAUGUUCCGUGGAAGAAUGCAUCAAGUUAGAACAACAUUUGAUAGGGUUAAUAUUCUGACAAUCAGGAACAUGUUAUACUCUGACAUUGGAAUUUACAAGUGCAAAGGAUGGCUGAAAGACCAAGGUUGGGUGGAGAAAUCAUUUGAGCUCACAUAUGGAUGUAGGGGUUUAGAUCAUCAGUGUGAUACCAGUACAUGUCUUAGACAUACAUAUGUAUGCAAUGGCCAUGUAGACUGUCAGGAUGGAACAGAUGAACAAAACUGUAGAGAAUGUAAGGCGAACCAGUAUCAUUGUCAUAAUGGUGACUGUAUUGAUGGAAGCUAUGUCUGUGACGGAUAUAAUGACUGUAUUGAUGCCUCGGAUGAACUUAACUGUGGUAAUGUAUAAUAUAUAUGUAUGACAUGUGUCUAUACCUG